CAUUUUCCUUCAACUCAAAGCUCAGCAGAGUAAUAAGGAACAAAACAGAGAGAAGGGAACAUCACCGCACCGCACCGACUCGCCUCAUCACCACUCCAGCCGCCAAAUGCAACAGCCCCCCACCGCCGCCAACCCUCAGGCGAGCUAUCCCCGACGACGCGAUCCCCUGCCACCGAGUGGAAUCACUCGCGAGCAGGAGCUCUCGGUCAUCGUCUCUGCACUCACCCGAGUCGUCUGCGGAACCAGCACCAGUACUAAUACCACCGCCAUGCAAGAAUACAGCAGUUUCCACCCGAAUGGUAAUGUUCUCGCAGUCACGGUCCCGUGGGGUCCUGCCACGUGCCGGACGUGCAACAUCGAGGGCUGCCUCGGGUGCGAGUUCUUCCCCCAGCCUUCGCCAGCUCGGGAGGGGCAGGCUCCCCAGGACAACAAGGGAGGAGAUUGCUCCAAUAAGAGGAAGAGGGCGAAGAAGAAGUACCGAGGCGUGAGGCAGCGUCCUUGGGGGAAGUGGGCUGCCGAGAUAAGGGACCCGAGGCGGGCAACCCGGGUCUGGCUCGGCACCUUCAGCACAGCCGAGGACGCGGCACGCGCGUACGACAGGGCAGCAGUCGAGUUCCGUGGACCGCGUGCGAAGCUCAACUUCCCAGAGGCAGACUACUCGUCUGUGGACCGCCAAGAACGUCCGGCGGAAGGAUCAACAGGAACAGGGGCGUCAUCUGCAGAACCACCAGUGAAAGGAUCGGCAUCGUCGGAGCAGGGGAGUCAUGAUGAUUUGUUGGAUAUUUUCGGGGAUGACGAAGAAAUGAAGCAGUUGCUGCAGCUGAUGGAUUUCGGAGCCAAUUGAAAUGAAUUCGUUGUGUGAAUAAAAUUAUUUGUUUCAUUCUUUUAUUAUUAGAGAAAGGAUGUUUUAGCGAGGUUCAGACAUAGGUAGGUAAGGUGGCCAUAGGAAAAGCAAAUCAGUCAGUUGCUGUAUGCAUUUUCGUCGUGAUAUCUCGUUAGGAUUGGGUACUAGUUUUUUCAGUGCACCCAGCUAUAGUGAUGUACAAACACUUGUUCAAUCUUCGACAUCAAUGAUGAAGAUCUGCAUCAAGUAUUUCCAUUUUUUUGCAAUAUAUAUAAUUAUAUGAAUUUUGUGGGUAA